CUCAUAUAGCUCUGAACGUUGAUAGCCGAAGCGUAUGCAAGAAACUAGCGCGCUCACUCAUUCCCAGUUUGCGUUUCUUGUGUUAGCCGCUGGGUGGCAAGCUCAGAAACAUGUUUAUACAUAAGCCAUAGCACGUGGCGAUGCCACUGAGCGCUACUCUCGCUUGGGCCGUCUUGCACUCAGAAAUGCGCCGAGCAGGAACCGUUCUGCUUCUAGUUAUGGUGGCCCAUAGUGCAUCAUUAUGGAUACAAGCAAGCGCGCAGACAAUCAGCAGCCUCAACGCGACACAGCAGGCGUGCAUAAAUGUUGCUGCCGAGGACGUGCUGGCCAGCUGCGCCUACAACACGUCUGGCAGCAGAGAGCAGGCAUUCGCCAAGGUUGUGUCACGCUCAUACGCGUUGUGCGUGGAGGGGAACGGGACCUCUGGUGCUAGCGGCACGGACCAGCAGCUGCAGGUGAUGGUGCCUACGCGCCUCUUCCCAGCCUACAGCCGCCUGGCGAGGAGCUACUCGCUGGCCUCCUCCCGCUCCGUGGCGGUGAUCCCGGUGGAUGAGGACCAGCUGUUGCAGGAGGCGCUUUUUGAGUUUUCAAACAAACUCAACACCAUGCACGACGCCUGGAUCCUGCAGCUGGACAGCUACUGGCAGCUCGAGGCCCUGGGCGGGGUCCUGGACCUCACCAACUUCACUGCCACCAUCACCACCACCGCCGCCGCCGUCGCAGCCUCCUCCGGAGCAUCCGGCAGCACCCAUAACAGCGCCGGCGGCAGUGCCGGCGCCGCCACGGUGUGGGGCGACUGGUCGGAGGUGCCUCCGGCCUUUCGGCGCCUGUCGUACUCGUACGACACAGCCAACAGCGCGCCCGGGGCGCCGGCGACACCUACACAGAUGUCGGUGCCGCUGGACGGCUCCGCGCCGAUGAUGCUGUACCGCACCGACCUCUUCGCGGCGGCGGGUCUGAGCCGCCCGCCCGCCACCUGGGCCGAGGUGCUCACGGCGGCGGCGGCACUCAACGGCACAGACAUGGACGGAGACGGCGAGGAGGACUUUGCGCUGUGCUUCCGACCCGACCCGGACUGCUCGUACACCAGCGCCCUGGGCAUGGUACUGCUGCCGUACCUGCAGUACAACGGCACCGCCACCGGCGGCCUGCUGGCGCCCGAGGACCUGCAGCCGCUGCUGGACACGCCGGGGGCGGCGGCGGCACUGGCCGUGUUCAAGUCCCUGCUGGCCUUCCACAUCCCGCUGGAUCUUCAGGGCAUCGAGUGCGCUGCCGGUGACGUGGCGCUGGCCUUCGCGGAGGGCGAGUGUGCCAUGGCGUUUGGGUGGGGGGAGCUGUUCAAGCUGAGUGAGAUCAGCAGCUCGGCCCCGGCCUUCGGCGGUCCGGCUGACAACAGCUCCGCCGCCUCCGCCCUAGGGCAGCGCACCGCCAAGGGCCGCUACGCCAUGACGCCGCUGCCCGGCUCCACACAGGUGUACGACAGGCAGCGGCGGGAGCUGGUGGAGUGUGGCAGUGCGGCGCAGUGCCCCUACGGAGCGGGCGGACUGCCGGAGACCGUCACGACUGCGGACGGCCGCACGCUGUACGUCAACCGCGCGCCCUACCUGCCGUACACCGGGGUGGUUGGGCUGGUGGCGGCGGCUGUGGAUCCGGAGCGGCAGCGCCGGGCGUUUGACUUCCUCACCUACCUGUCGGCGGCCAACCUGAACCUGUCCCUGGCCAGCGACAAUCCCAUCGUGCCCUUCCGCACCAACGCCCUCACAACCGCCCGCAUCCCCGACUUUGUCGCCGCCGGCUUUGACGAGGCCGCCGUCCGCUCCUACAUGUCGGUCGUGAACGCCACCGUGAACCAUCCCAACCUGGCCCCCGGCCCCAUCAUCCCGCGCGGCGACAUGCUGAGGGCCCUGAUGGGCGUGGCGGCCGCGAACCUGUCGGCGGGCAUGGAGGCGGCGGAGGUGGCGGCGGGGCUGCAGGCGCAGGUGGUGGACCAGGUGUUGGACUACCAGCCCGCCUGGACCUGGCGCCUGGGGCUCAAGACCGCCUACUGGGCGUUCACCGGGUACACCCCCCCGCCGGCGAACGGCACCGCCGACGGCGCCGCCGACAGCACCCAGAUGCCGGCCGUGUCGCUGGCGGUGCCGGUGGCCUCGGCGGUGGUGGUGCUGCUGCUGUCCACCCUGUACGAGUUCAAGAAGCACCGGCAGCACCGCAGCCUGUUCGGCAAGGUGGUGGCGCCGGGGCCGUUCGAGGACACCACACUGCUGGUCACGGACAUACAGGAUUCCACUGCCUUGUGGGAGAUGCUCCCCUCCACAGUCAUGGACCGAGCCAUAAAGGAACACCACGCGUGCCUGCGCAAGCUGCUGCUCAAACACAGCGGCUAUGAGAGCGCCACCGAGGGCGACUCGUUCCUGCUGGCCUUCCACAGCCCCGAGGACGCAUUGCUGUUCGCCAUGGAGGCGCAGGUGGCGCUGCUGGAGUGCGGCUGGCCCAUGGAGCUGCUGGACUGCGACGUGUGCAGGCCAGCCUACGUGGCGCACAACGACAGCGACAAACGGGCCAACCUGCUGGCCGACGCCGGCGACCCGGGUGGCGGCGGCGGCGGUCUGAUGGCCCUGCCGCGCGCCAGCAGCGGCCUCAGCAACAAGAGCACCUCGGAGGAGGCCAGCAGCCCGCAGGCCUCCCACGGUCUGAGUAGCGGCGCGGUGGUGGCUCCCGGCGAGUCCAACACCUUCCUCACCGCCUGCCAGGCCAGCUGGAAGGAGGCCACAGCCGCCACACCCAACAACGUACUCAUAUUCCGCGGCCUGCGGGUGCGCAUGGGCAUGCACACCGGCAUCAGCAAUGAGGCCGACGUGGCCUACAACAAGGCGGCGGCGCGCAUGCAGUACAGCGGCGAGAUCCUCAACUACGGCAAGAGCGUCAGUGACGCGGCGGCGGGCGGCAUGAUCCUGUUGAGCGAGGCCACGUACAGGCGCCUGCCUAUGGAGCGGCUGUGGGACAAGGCGCUGGUGAUGCACGUGGGCGAGUACCGCCUCAAGGACGACCUGCUCGUGCUGCCGCUCUACCAGGUCACGGGUCGUCGGCUGAUGGGGCGCCUGGGCCACCUGUCCGGCAUGCGCUUCAAGGAGCAGCUCAGCCGCGGCGUGUUCACGGCGCCGCUGGGGGCGGUGGCCAUGGUGUAUGUGGGCGUGGCGGGUGUGCCGGCGCUGCUGGCCUGGGACGAGCCGAUCACACGUGAGGCGCUGGCGCUGCUGCACGCCUGCCUGGCGGAGCACGUGCGCACAUGGGGCGGAUACCUGGUGGAGGCGGCGGACGAGCAGGUGCACGUGGUGUUCCCGGCCGCCAGCGAUGCGGUGAUGUUCUGUCUGGCGGCGCACCAGGCCGCCAUGGAGCUGCCCUGGCCGGAGCCGCUGCUGGACCACGAGCUGGCGGAGGAGCUCAUCGUGGGAGAUGCCGUGGUGUUCAGGGGCCUGCGGCUCAAGAGCGGUGUGGACACGGGACACGCGGUGGGCGAGGUGAACGCGCUCACGGGCCGCAUCUGCUACCGCGGCAAGGUGGUGGCGCGGGCGGCGCGCGUCAUGCAGAACGCCAGCAGCAACCAGGUGCUGACCAGCGGUGAGGCCUGGGCGGCGGCGCUGGCGGGCAAUGCCGCGGUGCUUCAGCUGCGGGGCGUGGUGGGCGACCGCCUGGGGCCCUUCAAGCUGAGGGGCGUGGCGGAGCGCGUGGAGGUGGUGCAGGUUCGGCUGCGGCGACUGGAUCUGCCGGGGGCAGAGGGCUGGGCGCAGGACCUUCAACAGGCGGGGGACGGCGGCGCCGGCGCAGAAGGCGGCGCCGGCGACACCGCCAGUGGCGACGGCCCGCAGAGCACACGCCCCGGCAGCCUGGCGGCGGUGGACCUGGCGGCGGCUGCUGGCGGCGGCUCCGAACGGCCGAUGUCGGGCAGCAGGUUUGGGUUCUUGGGCCGUCGGUCCAGCCAUGCAGCCAUGAUGCCCCCCGUGAACGGCACGGACCACAGCGGACGCGGCGGCGCCGCGAUGGCGCCGCCGCUGUUGCCGGCGUCGCGGCUCGGCGCCGACGGCCCGGGCAGCCCUCGCCUGUUUGGCGGGCUGCUGCGCUCAGCACGCGCGCAGAGCUUCAGCGCGGCGACGUCGGGGCUCAUAGCGCGCAUGACGGGCCGCGGCCGCGCCGGCAACGGCAACGGCAGCGGCAACGGCAGCGGCGCCCCCUCGCGCAUGCACACCUCGAACCAGGGCGCAGAGGGCAGCGGCGACAGCGGCUCCGCCGCCGCCAGCGGCGGCGGCGUCACCAUUGCGAGUGGCAGCGUGGCGGCGCUGCAAGGCGCGCCCGACGGCGGCGCCGUGCCUGCCGCCGCGAAUGCGCACGGCGGCGGCGCCAGCGGCGGCGUUCCUUCUGGAGGCGUGCUGCGCAGCCUGAGACUCGUCAGCGGUGGCAUGGGGACCGGCGCAGCCGGCGCAGGCGCGGGCGUGAUGGGCGGCACGCCUCGUGGCACGUCGGCGGGCGUGGCGUUCCCGUUCACCUCCGCGCGGCGGCUGCUGCCGUCAUGGGGCAGCACCGGCCAGGGCCAUAGCAGUCAAGACGUGGCGGCGGUGGUGGCGACCUCCAUUCCCGCCAACCGCGGCGGCGCCAGCAACUCCUCCAACAGCCAUCCCUACAUUACCGAUGCUGAUGUUGGCGCCGCCGCCGCCGCCACUGCUGAUGCCGCUGCGGCGGUGCCAUUGCCACCCCCAGUGUCAAUGCCAGCGGCGGCGCUGGCCCUGCCGUCGCAGGCGGCUGAUACUCUGCCUGGCGGCGGCGCCGCCACCGCCGGCUCUGCCGCCGCCGCGGCGGCGGCGACAGCAUCCUUGGUUGCUGGCGGUGCCAACCCCAUAUCUCCCAAGGCCGUCGACGCGGCGGCCCUUACGACGGCGGUGCCGGUGAGCGGGCCCGGUGCCGUCAGCGGUGGCGCGCCGUCAAGCGACGGGCCGGGCUGGUUCCCAGGGGAGAUGCUGGCAGACGUGUUGCAUGGGGUGCAGGAGGAGGACGAGGCGGCGGCGGCGGUGGCGGUCGCAAGAGCGGUGUCGGGUGUGGGCAUGGUCGGCGCGCUGGCGGCGGCGGCCGGGGGCCGGCAGCUGGCGGGCGGUCCGGCGGCACGCGAUGGCUCCGCGACCGUAUCGUAGUGCCUAAGGACAACGCAGCGUGUGUGGUGGCCACGAGCAGCACGGGCUGAGUUCGCGUGAAUGGGUGUAAAUGUCAGGUGUAUCCGUGUAUGGGCUCUGUUUGUAGUGCCGUAACUCAGGUACGACUUGUAGACUCAGUGCUGUUUGCAGGGCGCGGAGAAACGAGAGGGGCGUGUGCAUCCCUUGCGUGUAUGUAUCAAGGUGGUGUUUCUAGGGGGGGGGGCACGUCGCAACUUCAUCGGAAGGGCAUAGAAUAGAACAUUCGCACAGCCCCCCCAUUGACGUUCCAGGCACGCGGGUCGGUUCUCAAUGGGAUGUCCCGGUGCAAAAAUCAGGAGGACUGUCUUUAAAGUACAACAUAACAUCAGUUCUUGCUUUUCGACACUGGGUGCCGGCGGUGGCGCUGCUUGUGGCGGCCGGCCGGCCUCAACCGCGAAAGUGCCUCCACGGAUGGGGGCACAGACCCGGCGGCCGGGGAUCUCGCUGGACUACGCGACUGGCCGCUCUGCUGCGGGCUGCGAGCGUUAUAACAAUGCAGCCAUCAUCGCGCAUGAAGAGUGAGAAGCGUUUAGCUAAUCAGUGGGGCGCUGUGAUUCGCGCGGGCCGGCCUCUAACUGCCUAUAACGCCUCCGAUUCCGUCGUCUUGUGACUAUUUAUUGUGCCGGCCGCACACGCCCCUUCAAGCGGUAGAAGCUGCCGCAGCGUGAGGCGCGUGAGGGUUCCCAAGUUUAAAAGGGUGGCCCCUA